AAGAGAGGAAGUAGAAUCGAAAGCAUCAGUGGGGAAUUUUGCUGGAGCCGUUAAACCCUAGAAAGCAAAGCAGCACCGGUGAAGAAGAAGAAGAUAUGAAAGAACAAAAUUCCGAUUCCGACUCCGAUGGUCCACCUGAGGAAUUCACCCAGGAGCAGGCCAAGGUGGAAGAUGCAGCGUUGAGGAAAAUACAGAGAGACAACAAAGCUAGAGUUGCCCGCGAAAAGAAAGAGAGUCGCAGGCAUUUGGCUGCGAAAAUAACGCCAAGGAAAUCACGAAAAAAUGAAUCUUUCGAAGAAGAAGAACCUGAGGAAGAAGAAGACCGUGAAGCUCUUGCAAACAAGGGGCUCCUUUCCAAAGACGUCAUUGACUUCCUUGCAGAACGGGAGAAGCCGAAAAACAGUUCUGAGUUUGAAGAAGAAGAAGAGGAGACCAACAAAGAACACCCGAGAAAGAAAAAGCAUAAGAGCUCUGGUAUUGAAACGGUUAUUUACAAGGAGAUUCCACCACCAGAAUGCUUGAAAACCGGGUUAGAUUUCUUGAAGAAGCGGAAAGCACAAGUCCCGAGAUCUUCUUCAAUCCUCAAGAACUCAACCCAAGCUCUCCGACUUAUCACCGGUGCUGCUUCAUCCAAGAAACAGCGACAGAAAAAAUGAGAACUCUUAAAUGAUUCAAAAUCCUUGUAGGCUUCUUCAAUGCCAUUGCAUUUUUUGUUUUUGUUUAACAUUAAAACCAGCUUCAUUUGAUACUUCACUUCUACUGCAUGAUGUGUUGGAGGUUUACUAAAAUAUAUCAAGGCAUCAAAAUCAUGUUUAUAUCAA